AGGAAGUUGGAUACGGGAGACUAGGGAGUCCAUGUAGGCUCUGGGCUAGCAGGCAGACUCAGCACUGAUCCCAAUAAGUGAGACAGGUGCCACCCUGACUGACAAAGGAAGCCAAGAACACCUCCACCUCCUGAUCCUCUGCUAAGGGACUAGGAACCCCCCCCAUCCAAGCUUCGCCCUGGAGGCCAAAAGCCUCGCUGAGGGCUCUGCAGAGGGGGAAUGCUGUGGGAGCUGCUCACCUCCUCCUGCAUCCCAACUCGUGACUCCUGUACCCACUGUGGAGGAGCCAGGCUUCACCACUGUGGAGCUGUGCCAAGAUGGAGAAGAUGUCUACCUGACUGCAACUGAGGGAGGGAUGGAGGAGAUGAUUGGUCAAGAUCUAAACUGUGAAGACAUGCAAAGGAAGGACCAAAGACUGCCAUUCCAGAUCUUCCCUGAUCCUGUUGAGGUUGUCCUGGGUCCAGAGACCUCCUUGAACAGCCUGGACCAAGACCAUGAGAAGGAGCGUCUACCCUCCAUCGUGGUGGAACCCACGGAGGUGAGUGAGGUGGAGAGCGGAGAGCUGCGCUGGCCUCCGGAGAACAUGGACAUGGAGGAGGAUGAGGAAGACCUGUUCUUGGAGCAGUGCAUCCCCCCAGCUAACAUCGCAGACUGGGGAGAAGAGGAGGAGGAAGAGGAGACGUCAGUUAUACUGAACCAGCACCAAGGCUUGACGCUCAUUGACCUUCAGUCGGAUUCAUUUAGAGAUGACACCCCCACACUUCCACCGAGCAGUGCUCCAGCCCUCAACUGACCUAACCCCAAAGAACCCUGCACCUCUGAUGACCCAGUGAGGACACAUCCUGAACGCAAGUAUAUCAACAACUAUGAACAAACAUAGCAACCAGGACUUUACAGACACAGAUGAUGCAAAGUGUGAACUGAAAACCAAUGUUGAUGCAAGUAGGUUUUAGAUGUCAAACACUGAUGCACAGCUACAUGGCAACUGCAAUUUUUUUUGAUCAUGUAUAUCAAUGCGUACACAGAGGAGCAAUCCACACACGUGUCUGCACAGGGGAACAUGAACAUGGACAGUUUCGGGCACGCUAAGCUCAGAUUGCUGACGCUGGUGACAGAGAGUUGGGCAACAUGGUGAAUUUAUUGUUUAUUUUUAAACUUUUAGGGAAAAUUUUGCUGACGUGAUGACUUUGUGUUUCAAUUCCUUUGUUAUUUCCUCAUUUUUAAGACUCACUGAUGUCUUAGGGGGAUAAGAGGACAUCCUGGCAUGGUAACAAACUUACUUUAGUGUUUUGUUCAUUAUCGAUACUUCAUCUCUGUCUCUGAUACAGUUAACAGCCUGUACCUUAUCAAACAUUUUUGUCAUAGAUAACCAUUUAACCCCACCGGUGGCUUCUGAGGACAUUUACCUAGUGAUACCCUCAUUUUGUGCAGUAUUUAUUAAAGCGCUGUAAAAUGUGUUGGCUGUUCUCUGGUUUUUGGUCUUCUUUGAAUUUGUUGAGCAUUGUAAGAUUUCACUGAAUUCUGUUCAUGGUAUUAUUUAAUCAAAAUCUCUCAAUGAGACAGCCAUUCCAUGAAUCAGAUGUCUCAUCGUGCAUUAUGUGAAUGACUCAUACUGACUAAUGUUGUAAUCUUUGAAAUCAGCAUUUUCCCAAACUGUUCCAUGACCAAUUAUUUUUAUAACCUUGGACUGGGCAUCUGUUUGUAAGGCACAUUUAACCAAAAAGGAGGCAGCUCUAGUUGCUUUUCAUUAUAGCUGUCGUAGAUGCUACUGAGAACUGUAGUUGUGCAAUAAUACUCUAAUUUGUGUGUAGGCUGAUUUGUGAAUGACUUGUAUAUAUGGAAAAGUUGUUGUGUUACUGUAAAAUGAUUAUUAUGAAUUUGACAAUAAAGUAUU